UUGACGCACAGGAGAGCAGGAAACGAUAGACAACAAGAAGUGACUCCUGAGCCGACCGGGAGAGGGACGGCUCCUGUCGAGCUGGACUACCAAAGAAAACUGGAUUAAAAGCUUGCAUUCGGACGGAAACCUGGUUUAUUUGAUACGUCGGUAACCCAUGGACAAAUUGGCCGUGGAUACAUAUUUAUCGAGUGCGUUUCGAGCUCAAUCCAAGGAGUUUAAAGUUUCCGCGAUCUCCUCUCUUGGAUCUCACAGUUUUCUUUUUGCCAGGCUGUGAUGUGGUGACGCGGCUCGUCGACGGGAAGCUAAGCUAACGUUAGCUGGCAAAAUACACCAGAGAAAAUGUGUUUUUAGAUAUUUUAGUUUUCUGACUUCGUCUUCAUUUUUUUUUUUUCAUUUGACCCUUGAAGUUGGAUUAUAAACACUUUUUUAUAUAUAUAUAUGCUUUGCCUGGUAUUGUCUUGGACAGUAACAUUACACUUUUUAGUUUGCAGUCCAAUGAGCUAUCGUAACCGGCUGUAGCUCUGGACAUUUGGUUGCUAACGGUAGCUAGCUAUCUAGCUUACAUCUGUUUCCACUUUUGUUCCUUGUAAGGAGUGUUGCCUAACUACAUUUUUUUUUAUUUUCUUCCCUUGAACAAAGUAUAGAAAAUGUUAGGAUGAGUUAAUAAUUGUGUGUGUCUGUAUAUUAUAUGUGCAAACACUAAUAAUCAGUUUGACUCACUUUUUAUCUUUGUGCAAUGCAGAAGUCACUAGCGUUUAGUGAAAUAGCUGGAGUUGUUGUCCUCUGAUGUGGGUCUGGCGGUGCGGCCUUUUGGAGUUAUCUUUUUUUGGUUCGCCGUCGGGGACCUUUUCAGUCUGGAUGGUUUUCAACAUUUCAUUGGAUUUAAUGUUUUGAAUGGCUUGGAUUAUUCAUACAAUUGUACCGUUGUAAUUAGUUGAACGAACCGGCUAGAAGUUUUAAGUUGAAGAAAGCUCGGCAACAUAAAUAGAAAAGUGGACAUCCACAAAGGAAUUUCGCCUACUCUGCAAAGAUGAUGUGCGAGGUGAUGCCCACCAUCAGCGAGUCGGAGGGGCCUUCGGGUGGCCGGCGGGGGUCUGGCUCGCCUCUGCAUUCGGACUCGGAGGGGCACUUUGAAUCUCUGAUGGUUUCCAUGCUGGAAGAACGCGACCGGCUACUGGACACGCUGAGGGAGACCCAGGAGAACCUAGGCCUGACCCAGGGCAAGCUGCACGAGGUCAGCCACGAGAGGGACUCGCUGCAAAGGCAGCUUAACACCGCCCUGCCCCAGGAGUUUGCUGCGCUGACCAAGGAGGUGAAUGUGUGUCGAGAGCAUUUGAUGGAGAGGGAGGAGGAGAUCGCUGAGCUCAAGGCUGAGAGGAACAACACACGGCUUCUCCUGGAGCAUCUGGAGUGUCUGGUGUCUCGUCAUGAACGCAGUCUGAGGAUGACUGUGGUGAAGAGGCAGGCCCAGUCUCCUGCCGGGGUCUCCAGCGAGGUAGAGGUCCUCAAGGCACUUAAGUCCCUGUUCGAACACCACAAAGCCCUGGACGAGAAGGUCAGGGAGAGACUGCGUGUGGCUUUAGAAAGAUGCAGCCAACUGGAAGAACAGCUCACAUCACAACACAAAGAGAUGUCUUACCUGAGAGAGCAGAACAUCCAGAAGAGGUCGCUAGGCGAUGGAAUGGAAGGGCUCAACCACAACUCUGAAAACACCCCAAGCACAAACGGCAAGCGGUCGUCAGAUGGCUCUAUGAGCCAGGAGGAGGACCAGGGGAAGGUGGGAGAGCUGCAGGAGGUGGUGGCGAGACAGACGUCAGACCUGGGGCAGAUGAUGGAGCGCAUGGCGGCCACGGCGGGACGCAUCAGCGAGCUGGAGGAGGACCUGGACACGGCACGCAAGGACCUCAUCAAGAGUGAAGACGUGAACACACGCCUGCAGAGAGACAUACGAGAGUCUAUGGCCCAGAAGGAGGACAUAGAGGAGCGUAUCGUCACCCUGGAGAAGAGGUACUUGGCAGCGCAGCGAGAGGCCACCUCCGUACAUGACCUCAACGAUAAGCUGGAGAACGAAGUGGCCAACAAGGAGUCCCUGUUCCGACAGACGGAGGAGAGGAACAGGCAGCUGCAGGAGCGUUUAGAGCUGGCUGAGCAGAAGCUGCAGCAGACUAUCAGGAAGGCGGAGACUCUGCCCGAGGUGGAGGCGGAGCUAGCCCAGAGGGUGGCGGCCCUCACCAAGGCGGAGGAGCGUCAUGGCAACGUGGAGGAGAGGGUGAGGCAGAUGGAGGCUCAGCUGGAGGAGAAGAACCAGGAACUGCUCAGGGCGCGCCAGAGGGAGAAGAUGAACGAGGAGCACAACAGGCGUCUGUCGGAGACGGUGGACAAGCUGCUGUCAGAGUCCAACGAGAGGCUACAGCUUCACCUCAAGGAGAGGAUGUCUGCCCUAGAGGACAAGAACGGCCUGAUCAGAGAUCUGGAGCACAGUAAGAAGCUGGUUGAGGAAACGCACCAUGAGAAGGAGCAGCUAUUGAUCCAGAUUGAGACGAUGCGGGCGGAGAACGAGCAAGGCAGGAACAGGAGCAACUCACUGCUGCACCAUGGUGAGGGACAGUUUAAAUGGAAUCUCAGCCGUGUGUCACCUAGGCAGCACAGUUUAAAUGGAAUCCUCAGUGCUAACUUUCUCCCCACUCUCUCUCCUCAGGUCCAGACUCUGAAUGAACAGGAGUGGGAGCGCGUGCAGCAGGCUAAUGUUCUGGCCAACGUUGCUCAGGCGUUUGAGUCUGACCUGGAGACGUCAGACCUGGAGGACGAUGAGCGCGAGACCAUCUUCAGCUCCGUGGACCUGCUGUCCCCUGCCGGCCAGGCCGACGCUCAGACCCUGGCCCUCAUGCUGCAGGAGCAGCUGGAUGCCAUCAACAACGAGAUCAGGAUGAUUCAGGAGGAGAAGGAGAACACAGCCAUGCUGGCAGAGGAGAUGGAGAGCCGUGUGGGCAGCGGGGACAGCCUGGGGGCCAGCCGCUUCCGCUCCAUGAGCUCCUCCAUGGGGGGCUCGUCGCCCCCCGGCUCAGGCUCCUCCACCCCGCGACGCAUCCCCAACCGCAGCCCCAACCGAGAGGUGGACCGCAUGGGAGUCAUGACCCUGCCUAGUGACCUGCGCAAGCACCGCAGGAAGUCUGCCCAGGACGACAAGACCACAAUCCAGUGUGAGACGUCUCCUCCCACCACCCCGCGCUCCAUGCGCCUGCACAAGGGGGCCAGCCACACUGCCAGCCAUGAGGACAUCAGGGACAUCCGCAGUAUGACCACCCUACAGGACGGCCAGGGUAGUAACCCCAGCAGCAGUAACAGCAGUCAGGACUCUCUGAACAAGGCAGCCAAGAAGAAGAGCAUCAAGUCCUCCAUCGGGCGCCUCUUCGGCAAGAAGGAGAAGGGUCGGCCAGGCCCCCCAGGGAGCAAGGAGUCCCCUGGCAGCCAAGUUGGUACCCCCGAGGCAGAGACCUCUCCCCAGGAUGCACUGGGGCUGGGCAAACUAGGCGGCCCCGCUGAGAAGAACAGGAAACUGCAGAAGAAGCAUGAGUUGCUGGAGGAGGCUCGCAGGCAGAGUCUUCCCUUCGCCCAGUGGGACGGCCCUACUGUAGUGGUCUGGCUGGAGCUGUGGGUGGGUAUGCCAGCCUGGUACGUGGCGGCGUGUCGUGCCAAUGUGAAGAGUGGUGCCAUCAUGUCUGCCCUGUCGGACACAGAGAUCCAGAGGGAGAUUGGCAUCAGUAACCCCCUGCACCGCCUCAAACUGAGACUGGCCAUCCAGGAGAUCAUGUCUCUCACCUCCCCCUCUGCCCCCCCGACCUCCAGAACCUCCACGGGGAACGUGUGGGUCACGCACGAAGAGUUGGAGUGCCUUGCGGCCACGCCCUCCACGGAGGAUGACGAGGGCAGCUGGGCCCAGACGCUGGCAUAUGGAGACAUGAACCAUGAGUGGAUUGGUAACGAGUGGCUGCCCAGCCUGGGUCUGCCCCAGUACCGGUCCUACUUCAUGGAGUCCCUGGUAGACGCACGCAUGCUGGACCACCUCACCAAGAAGGACAUGAGGGGACAGCUUAAAAUGGUGGACAGUUUCCACAGGAACAGUUUCCAGUGUGGGGUGAUGUGUCUGAGGAGACUGAACUAUGACAGGAAGGAGCUGGAGAGGAGGCGUGACGAGACCCAGCUGGAGCUGCAAGACGUGCUGGUGUGGAGCAACGAGCGUGUGAUCAGCUGGGUACAGGCCAUGGGGCUGAAGGAGUACAGUAACAACCUGCUGGAGAGCGGUGUGCACGGAGCCCUGCUGGCCCUGGAUGAAACCUUCGACCACAACGCCCUGGCCCUGCUGCUGCAGAUCCCCACGCAGAACACACAGGCGAGAGCGGCUCUGGAGAGUGAGUACAACAGUCUACUGUCCAUCGGUACAGAGAGGAGACUGGAUGAGGAGGACGAUAACAACUUCCGGCGCGCCCCCUCCUGGAGGAAGAAGUUCCGGCCCAAAGACGCACGGGGGAUGUCCCCGGGCUCAGCCGACACCCUGCCCGCCAACUUCAGACUGACCAAUAGCAACGCAGCGUCCCCCUCCGCGCAGCCCAAAAGGAGUCACAUGGACGGGAGUCAGUCUGCAAUACAGAGGCUGGACACUGCCACAGUCAGGACAUACUCCUGCUAACACAACACAUUGAUCCUCAUUAUUUCUAUAGGUGACUGCUGGUUGGAGGAUGAGGGGUGAGUCCCCCACCCCAUCAGGAGCAGCUGCUGACCCUGCAAGGACACAGAGUUUUAUUGUUAUCACAGCGAUAAAAGAAGUAGCAACCACAUCACCAAUCUCCGUACUAGAGGGCCCGUGUCCUAGAUGUAUCAAUCUUUAUAGUUCUAUUUAUGUUAGCAAGCUGGUGGGACAUGAUUUUAGAUUUGUUAUGUAUCUAUCUGUUACUUCACCCGUCUCUCCCGGGCUAAAUGGAAAUGUCCCUAUUUUCAAAAAUACUGUUCCAACUGUGUCCUUAUCAAGGUUAACUCUCAGAUGUAACUGAAUGUUUUUAGAUGGUCUGGAGUUUGUAUAUUUUUUCAACAGACAUUAUCUAAUCAUUUUAUAUAUAUAUACAUAUAUAUAUAUAUAUAUAUAUAUAUAUUCCUGAUCUUGUAUUGACCAGAUGUAUGUUUUUAUUUCUCUGUCCUCUGUUGUUUUUAAUAAUUGAACUGAUGAUCAAGUGACUUAAAUAAGUGACUUUGUAUCUGAAUUGGACCCCAUUUCCCUUCGACCCCAUUUCCCUUCGACCCCAUUUCCCUUCGACCCCCAGCCUGUUAUCUUCAAGCGUAUCCAUGGUGAUUAUUUGUAAAUGCAGCUCUUAUAGGACAAUGAGAAUAUGUGAAUAUCAGAAAUAUUGCUGGAGUUCUGACUGACAUUGUUUCACCCACUGCUACAACGCUGUGGUCGCUAAGCACCGGGCGGACCGUAACCACAACAAGGCCCUAGGUAACUGUGACGACAGGUGACACGUGAAACAACUCUCUUUGUUUUUUUUCCUGUGAAACCAAACCUGUAGAAAGACUGAAACAAAAGCCAUAAACAGUAGUGACGACCAGGGCUGUUUUCAGAUGCAUCGCUUGGUAAGAGACCGUUCCACUGUGUAGGAUCUCCCAUUCUCCAGUCAACCUCGCAUGCCCAAACUCUCCAUUCCUCUUUUCCUCCUUCUCCUCCUCAUCCCUCUCUUUUCCCUGCCUUCCCCCUGGAGCGCGCUAACGGGAGGCCAGACGUGCGUGAAGAUCAACUGGCUUGUACCUGAGCCGACAGCGUGGCGGCUCCACUAUCGACGGACCAAGUCCACUGUGGUCUAAACUGAUCCCAGCGACUAGCUUACUCACCCGAGGUGGAGCGAUCUACCCACAAACCUUUAACCAACUCUUUUUUACUACGGACACUUCUAAUCCAGCCUGAUGGGAGGUUUUUUCUUACCUUAUUUUCUCUGGCUGUCUUAUUUAUUCGUCAUCUCCGUCGUGUUUGUUGCUUUCUCAGUUUGAUUUUUAGGAGUUGCCAUUUUUUUUAAAGCUGUUUCUGAGUGUUUUAACACAGGUUGCCGUGGCAAUACUUUUUCAAGACAAAUAAUGUCACGGAAGCAAAGACUUCCUGUCCACAUUAGUUAUGUUAUUCCCUUUGUGAUUUAGUCAUUUUAUAAUGCACAAUGCAAAUGCUGAUAUUAUUAUUAUUUUUAAAAUCUUCAGUUUUCCCCAUUUUAUUCUCCUGCUCUGGUAACAAAAUGAUGUACAGUCUGAGUACUUAACUAUUUUAUCACAGUAUUAUUUAUGGAUUUACUUUCAAUAAAAUACUGAAACUUAUUUUCCACUGCCAAUAAAAAGCUGAAGUGUU